AAUCGUAUGCCCUUCGCCAAAAUACCUGGUAACUGCCGGAUCAAAGAUAACGACUACUUAGAAUGCGAUUUGAAUAAUGGCGUUGCAAUAGCGAGAGGCGCCAAAGACUCAUUUACUGCUAUUUUCGAUGUUGCUGGCAUAUCGGGAAAACCAGUGAUUCUAACCGCCAAGGUGUUCAGUACAGGCAAGGAGGCUAACGAAGCCAAUAACAUGAUCACCGAUGUAAUAACACUCGGAGAAUUCACCGAAAUCGAUAUAGUCGGCAUACCAAAAACACCGCAUGUUAACUUGGAGAAGAUCAGCAAUACUACCGAAAUCAUUAACAACUACGAGAUAAAAAGCGUCGGUCCCAGCACUAUCGGAGCAAUGGAUGUGAUCUUCUAUAUACCUGUGGCGUAUAAGGUGCCCGGCACUACGAACACCAUACAAAUUAUCGAAAUGGAUAAAAUAAAUAUGCAGGCUGUCUAUGAUGCGCAAUUGAUUGGCAUCGAUUACUAUCAAAACAAUACACAGCUCAUCAUGAAUACCAUUGAGGUAUCGACGAGUACGCACAGCACAUCUACAGUUUCCAAGACGAAUAAGCAUAAACACAUUAAUGCGCAAUAUGAUUCCAACAGCUUCUAUGAAAUGACAGUAGAAAGCGAAAGUUCAACCCAUACCGAUGACACAACGACUUUAUCAGUUCGACGUCGUAGACGUCGUGAAGCUGCUGCCAAUACGGCGACCAAAGCACAGUAUGCUCGUAUCGUCAAGGCGCACGAACUGCUAAGUGAAGAUCUAAGAGGUAAAUUGCCAGUGAAUCGUACGAUCGUUUUCAAUUGCAAUGAUCCCGAGAUGACGAUUUGUGUGCGCUCUGUUAUGCGUGUUUAUAAUUUCAAACCCGAGAAGCCCAUCACGGUGACAAUGAAAUAUCAAGUCGAUCUGAAUGAGAUCAAUCAGAUAUUGAUUGAACCAUGGGAAUAUUUUGUUAUACUAAUCGGUGCGGAUGUGAAAAAGAUUGGUGACUCUAAUGGCAAAUCGCUGGCGAUACGCAAGAGCAUCGACUAUAAUAUUGUUUCGAAACAUCAACUCUAUGGUACGCCGAUAUGGGUGUAUAUAUUGGCCGUGUUGGGUGGACUCUUGCUAUUGGCGCUAAUGACUUACGGAAUGUAUAAGCUUGGAUUCUUCAAGCGCGCGAAGAAGGAGGAAAUGGAUGCAUUGGUUCAUCAAGGUUCCACAAGACCGGCACGAGAUGAUGUAGAGCCAGAAGCAGAAAACCUAAAUACUGACAGAAAUUAAAAAAAAAAACACUUUAGA